AUGAAGUUCGAGUUGGCUCUGACUAGUUUUUUCCUCCGGGGUGUUUUCUCCCAAGCCUGCUCAAGUGGAGUCUACGGCGCCCUAACCUGCGGCAGUCCCAGUGCUUCAUAUUGCGAAUCAGCCAGUCUGGAGGGCAGCAUCAUUUUCCGAUGUACCGAUGGUUGUGAGGCUCCUCCAUAUGGUGUCAAACAAGGGGCGCUCUGCUGGCAAGAUAGUCCCACGGCGGGCGAUGCGCAAUGCACAUUUGAUUGCGUGAAUGUUACUGCAGUAAAUGGUAGUACUUUUUAUCCUGUGGGAUGUAGCUUCACACUAGCAAACACGACAGCUCCUCCAAGCAGUGUGAGUCUGAACCUCCCAACCGCUGCCAGUACUCCGCCGAGCAGUACCACCAGUCAAGUAGCAACAACGCAUACAUCCAAAAGCGGAGUUGAGGCUAUGCGUGUAGGCGGCGGUACUGCUAUGAUUCUAGGACUUCUAGGAUUAUUCUUGUAA